AUGGAGAGUGUUCUCAAGUCAAGCUGGAAAAAGUUAACACAGAGGGAGGGGGAGAUCCUCCCCAAUCUAAUGGAUAGGAUUCUAAGUUGGAAUGUCAGGGGGAUUAAUAAUCCAAAGAAACAAUUUGAAGUAAAGAAAUUCUUUUCUUCGAAGAGAGUUGGAUUGAUUGGUCUCCUUGAGACGAGGGUCAAGGUUGAACGUUUAGGGGCCUUGUACCUUCGUAUGUUUGAUGGUUGGUGUUUCAUGUCUAAUAAUGCUUGGUAUAGUGGUGGGAGAAUAAUAGUUAGAUGGAAUCCUAUUAUGUUUGAUGUUAGUGUCCAGUUUUGUUCUAGUCAAAUGAUUCAUUUGCUUGUGAGACCCAUGCAUGCUACAUUGAGCUUUUUUGUUACUUUUGUUUACGAUUUCAAUGAAGAAGAGAGAAGAACUGGAUUAUGGGCUGAUAUGUUACAUAUUUCGGCAGGAAUGAAAGAUCCUUGGAUAGUCAUGGGAGAUUUUAAUGAUAUUCUUAAUAAAGAGGAGAGGAUUGGAAUACGUGUGAAAUAUAAAAAAUCUGAGGCUUUUCGGAAUUGUGUUGCUAUUUGUCAGUUAGAAGAUGUGAAGUUUCGUGGAAAUUUUUUUACAUGGAGUAAUAAACAGCAAGGGGAUGAUCAUUUGUUUGAUCAUAGUCCACCUCUUUUAUCUGUGUAUCAAGAAACUAACUUUGGCAAGAAACCUUUUAAGUAUUUUCGAAUGUGGAAGAAUGCUCCAGAUUUUGCUGACAAGCUUCUUACUGCCUGGAAUAUUAGCAAUAAUGGGACAGCUAUGUAUAAGUUAGUUUCAAAGUUGAGACAAGUUAAAUUGGUUCUCAAGGAGCUCAAUAAAGAGGGGUUUACUGAUAUUCAGGUGGCAGAUUUACAGAAGAGGAAAUUUUUAGCUGAUUGUCAAUUGGAACUUCAACAAGACCCUCUAAAUAAAGAGUUGAUUCUGAAAGAGAAAAUGGCUAGAGACCAGUAUGUUGUGACUCAUAAAGCUUACUGUUCUUUUCUUCACCAAAAGUCUAGAGUGCAUUGGUUGAAAGAGGGUGAUGAAAACUCAUCUUUUUUUCAUGCUAGUAUUCGAGCAAGGCAUACUCAAAAUAGAAUCUAUUCGAUUACAGAUGAGAAGGGAACUUGGCAUGACCAGCCUGAUAAGGUCACUGAAGCCUUUUUACAGUUUUAUACUACUUUGCUGGGUUCUAAAAUGGCUGAUAGAAGACAUGUUAUAAAAGCGGUUGUAGAAGAGGGUGCUCUUGUCUCUGAAGAGCAAGUUUCACUGCUAAUGGAUGACUACACGAAUGAUGAAGUCAAGCAAGCUAUUUUUUCUAUCCCUGGAAGUAAAGCACCUGGUCCUGAUGGUUUUUCGAGCUAUUUUUUUUAG